AUGGACUAUUCAGAACUACCAUCAAUCACACCAAUUCCAAUUGGAGAAAACGGACAAGCCCUCCGUUCGCUGCAAUUGAUAAAUGAAACUGAAUAUGUAGUCAUUGCAUAUGCAUCUGGCCAAAGAUACCCAUUCUCAGUUGCUCAAGAUGGAACUCUAACAAAAGACACUAGUCUCGAUCCAAGUAAUGUUACAUUGGGUCGUCGUGGAACAACAGCAACCGGACACUUGUUGCAAUUUGAAUCAACAGUUGAUUUGGUCUACGUAGUAUUAUUUAUAUCUUUACAAGAUAAGAGACUUAUACAUUUGACCAACAGAUCUUUUGCACCUGGAAGCAAGUUUUGUCUUUCCGACAAACAUGUUGCCCCAGAUGUUCUAAAGGAAAAAUGCUAUCAUGUCUAUGAUGAGAACUAUCAAAAAAUAAUACCAACUCCAUUAAUAGAAAUAUCAUCAACUCAAACAACAACCCCUCCAACAGGACCAUCAACAGAACCACCAGCAACAGAGCCACCAUCAACACCACCACAGACACUCCUGGCUUAUAUUAAUCAUAACCCCAUCGAUGCUCAACAACCAUAG